CCUGUGGCGCGGGCGGGGCCGACGGCAGACGCAGGUGGACGCGUCCCCGGCUCCCCGUGGUGCGGACUUGCGCGGCUGUGGACCCGCUGGCGGCGGCUCGGGAGACUCGUCCCGGGGGCGUGUUAAAGUGCAGUGGAAGAGUUGCUUGUAAGUCUGCUUCAGCAAACCUUUUGAUGCCUGCCCUUCCCAUACGGAUUAUACUCAGAUUCUUGUUUAGAAAAUGGGUCCUGCCAGACGCCUUGUUACCAUCAAGAGGAGCGGGCUCGACGGCCCCAGCUUUCCACUGAGCCUCAGCUCCUGCUUGUUUGGAAGGGGUAUCGAGUGUGACAUCCGUAUUCAACUUCCUGUCGUGUCAAAGCAACAUUGCAAAAUUGAAAUCAACAGGCAGGAGGCAAUACUGUCUAAUUUCAGUUCCACAAACCCAACUCAAGUAAAUGGAUCUGCUAUUGACAAACCUGUACAACUGAAACAUGGAGAUGUCAUAACUAUUGUUGAUCGGUCUUUCAGGUAUGAAAAUGAAAGUCAUCAGCAUGGAAGCCAGUCGACCGAAUUUCCAGGACAAAGACGGGAACAGGAACCUUCGCGUCGGGUCUCAAGAUCUAGCUUUUCUUCCAACCCUGGUGGGAAAGUUCAAGAUUCCAGUGACCGUUCAAAACUCACUGAAGAAAAUGUUUCAGGAAAGCCCCUGGUACAUGAGGAAAAUACUGUAGCAGCGGGUACCGCCGUCUCAGAUGGCUCCGAAGAAGGUGUUGCCAGGGAAACACCUGAUGGUGUUCAUUCCUCUGGACUUCCGAGAGAUAAUUGCAGAAGUGCAACAGAUCCUACUGCUGGGGCUUUCCAAGAAGAUUCCAGCGUAACAUUAGGGAGCUGUAAUGGAGGAGGGAAGGCUUUUCCCACUAUACAGGGUCUUAAGAACAGUGACAAAAACGAAUCUCCCUUCAGGAGGCUUUAUGAGUCAAUGAAGUUAGAGUUAGACGUGAAAUCAGAAAAAGUAAAUGUUCUACAGAAUCGCAGAAAGUCAGGAUCACGAAGUCACUGCACAACAGAAAAAGAAAGUGCUGGUGGUUUAGAGGGCGAGUCACCGAUCUCACUGGUCUCGCUUAAAUCCAGACUGAAGUCGAGCCGAAGUCCCCAGAUUAAGGGAGAACAAGGAAGUAGCCAGACUGGGGAACAGAGGAGUGUUGAGGAGACAGUGCAGGCUCCCAAGGACACCAGGAGUCCUGGCAUCCUCCGCACAGAGAUGGUGGUGACGAAAACCACGACCCCGCUACGGUAUUCACAGCAGAACUCCUCGCGGAGAUGCCAGAGCGAAGACCUGGGGGCUGUCAGCAGACGUGAGUCUGUGAGUCUAGAUCAGAGUGAAGGCUUCGGGGCAGAGCAUAAGAUGUUUACCCCUCAGAAGUUCUUGCCUAGGAAUCAAACACCCAUUAAAGUUGAAAACGCUGGUAGUUUUGGAAAUACACCAGAAAAAUUCUCCAAAAAGAGGAAGAGUAUUCCUACAAGUGUGGACAAUCUCCCGACAGAAACAGAAAUGGUGCAGCAGACUGUCCCAGCUCCACUGGUCCUCCAAGCUGAAGGGAAAAUUCAAAACGGCUUUCUCAACAAGACAGCUGGACAGAUGUGCCCUGGGGCCCCUGGUCCUGACGCAGCUGAUGCUGGCAGCUUCGGUGAUUCCAUUAAUAAGGUGGAGGGGGUGUCCCUGAAGAGGAGGCGGGUCUCCUUCGGGGGUCGUCUGAGGCCUGAGUUAUUUGAUGAAAACUUACCCCCGAACACACCUCUCAAGAGAGGAGAGACACCAAAGCAAAGAAGGUCUCUGGUGGCGCACACUCCAGCCGUCCUGAAGAAAAUCAUCAAGGAGCAGCCUCACCCAUCAGGGAAAGGAAAUUCUUCAGAAACCCGUCCGGAAGUGACCACCCCAGACACGUGUGCAAAAGCUCCAGCCCCGGCUACUACCAGCACACCUCCAGCUGCAGCUGAUCGGUGCCGUAGGUCACCCAAGGCGUCUUCUGUCUCCAGUGGCAGCAGAUCUCACCAGGCAGACACUCCUAAGAGAGGAGGCAGAAAGAGCGGCAACCUGCCUUCAAAGAGAGCUUCCCUGGAUCGCAGCCAACACGGCAUCUUACAGAUGAUUUAUUCCAAGAGAAGGAGUGGGGCAUCUGAGGCCAAUUUAAUUGUGGCGAAGUCGUGGGCAGAUGUAGUCAAACUUGGCGCGAAGCAAACACAGACCAAAGCUGUUAAACGUGGACCCCAAAGACUGCUGAGCAAAAGGCAAAGAAGAGCCAAUACUCCGAAGAAGCCGACUGGCAUCACUGACCAUCAGUUUAGUACCGGCCACGCAAACUCUCCUUGUACGAUAAUCAUAGGGAAAGCGCACAUCGAGAGAGUGAACGGGCCGGCUCGGCCCUACACGAUGCUGAACAGCUUUGUGUUCAACAAGCCGGCGGACUUCAGCGAAGAUCUCUCAGGCCUGACUGAAAUGUUCCAGACUCCAGUCAAGGAGAAACCACAAAGGAUGAGCCUGGGUCCCUCCACCCUUUCAAAUUCAGGGGAUUUUAUUGGAAAAAAGCUUCCAGUAUCUAAUUCAGGAGAAGAGCCUCUGUUGCACACUGCAGAAUAUUCUGGAGAGAAUGUGUUCCCCAGUGCUCAGGAGGUGCCCGCAGAGCCGUCUGGUAAACGUUCUGCCAGCCCUGGCCGUCUUAAAAUCAAUGAAAGGACUGUGAAAACUCCAGGGAGUGUCUAUCAAGCGCCGGGUGCUAAGAGAGAAACUCAAGAGUCUGAGGCAGCGCCUCCAAAGGCAGCACCGAGUGCAAACAGGUGUAGAAGGUGUGCGGAGCCCAGAGCCAGGCAGAGGCCGGGCGCAGAGAGUGCGAGCGAAGAUGCGGAACCGGACACUGUGGAGGACAUCUCGGGAAGACGUCUGAGAAACGCACCACCACCAGGGCAGAAGCCAGAGGGAAGGGGGAAGGAAAGUGAAAGAUUUUUUGAAAGAUGUAAGAAAAAUAUUGAGUCCAAAGAAGAUUCUGGAAAGAUGAUGGCUGUGAGGAGAUCCAGAAGAGCUUCAGAGCUGAAAUGGGAACCAACAGCAGACCUGACCACCCUCAUGAGACUACAAGAGACAGAGUUCAAGGAAGACUCAGUGGACAUCCCAAGUGUCCCCCAAACCCCAGCUCGUGCCGAAGAACCAACAGAUGCAGAGAACAGAACCACAAAACUGCACUGGAAAUCUCCACAGCCCGACAGGAUCAGCUCGCCCGCCAGGACAAACACACAGCCCAAGACACCUUCCCGGAAAGGGGAUGUGGAAGAGGUCUCAGCACUCGGGAAGCCCACACAGACACCGGGGGACGCCACACACACGGACAGAGGACCAGGUGAUGAUGAAAACAUCAACCUGUGUAAGGAAACUCCAAAGCAGAAACAGAACCCUGCAGAAAAUGUAACUGGAAGCAAGAGGCGGCCCAGGACACCCAAGGAAAAGGCCCGAUCUUUGGAAGACCUGAUUGGCUUCAAAGAGCUCUUCCAAACCCCACAUCUUGUCAAGGAACCAAUGAUUGAUGACAAAACCCCCCAGAUACCCUGUAAGUCUCCACGGCCAGAACCAGUUGUCACGUCAACCAGUAUGACCAGACCAUUCAAGACACUUUCCCUGAAAGCAGAGGUGCAGGAAGAUCUCUCAGCACUCAGGAAGCCCACCCAGACGCCAGGGGACACCACACACUCGCACGGAGGACCAGCGGGCGCUGAUAAAGACAUCCAGAUGUUUAACGAAACUUCAAGGCAGAAACUGGACUUUGCAGAAAGUGUGACUGGAAUUAAGAGGCGGCCAAGGACACCCAAGGAAAAGGUCCAGUCUCUAGAAGACCUGGCUGGUUUCAAAGAGCUCUUCCAAACCCCAGUUUGCACCAAGGAACCAACGGCUGUCGUCAAAACCCCCCAGAUGCUCUGGAUAUCUCCACAACCCAAACCAAAUGUCACACCGACCAACAGGAAGAGACAGCUCAAGACACCUCCCCAGAAAGUGGACAGAGAGGUUGAGCUCUCAGCACCCAGGAAGUCCACACAAACACCUGGGGAAACCAGACACUCAGACAGCGAGCUGGUAGGUGAUGAUGAACACAGAGCAUUUAAGGAAAAUCCAAAGCAGAAACUGGACUCAGCAGAAAAUGUAACUGGAAGCAAGAAGCGGUCAAGGACACCCAAGACCAAGGCUCCACCCCUGGAGGACCUGAUUGGCUUCAAAGAGCUCUUCCAGACCCCACAUCAUGUCAAGCAACCGAUGACUGAUGACAAAACCCCCCAGAUACCCUGUAAAUCUCCACGACUGGAACCUGUUGACACACCAGCAAGUAGGAAGGGACAGCUCAAGACAGCUCCCCAGAAAGUGGACAGAGAGGGUGAGCUGUCAGCACUCAGGAAGCCCACCCAGACGCCAGGGGACACCACACACUCACACGGAGGACCAGCGGGCGCUGAUAAAGACAUCCAGAUGUUUAAUGAAACUUCAAGGCAGAAACUGGACCCUGUAGAAAACGUGACUGGGAUUAAGAGGCGGCCAAGGACACCCAAGGAAAAGGUCCAGUCUCUAGAAGACCUGGCUGGUUUCAAAGAGCUCUUCCAAACCCCAGUUCGCACCAAGGAACCAACGGCUGUCGUCAAAACCCCCCAGAUGCUCUGGAUAUCUCCACAACCCGAACCAAAUGUCACACCGACCAACAGGAAGAGACAGCUCAAGACACCUCCCCAGAAAGUGGACAGAGAGGUUGAGCUCUCAGCACCCAGGAAGUCCACACAAACACCUGGGGAUACCAGACACUCAGACAGCGAGCUGGUAGGUGAUGAUGAACACAGAGCAUUUAAGGAAAGUCCAAAGCAGAAACUGGAGUCAGCAGAAAAUGUAGCUGGAAGCAAGAGGCAGUCAAGGACACCCAAGACCAAGGCUCCACCCCUGGAGGACCUGAUUGGCUUCAAAGAGCUCUUCCAGACCCCACAUCAUGUCAAGGAACCGGUGACUGAUGACAAAAACCCCAAAGUGCUCUGCCAGUCUCCACAACCAGAACCACUUGUCACAUCAACUAGUAUGACCAGACUGCUCAAGACACCUCCCCGGAAUGUGGAGAUGCAGGAAGAUGUCUCAGCACUCAGGAAGCCCACCCAGACUGCAGGCAACACCAGGCCGUCACACAGAGGACCAGUAGGUGAUGAUAAAAGCAUCAGAUUACUUAAAGAAACUCCAGAGCAGAAACUGGAGUCAGCAGAAAAUCUAACUGGAAGUAAGAGGCGGCCAAGGACACCCAAGGAAAAAGUCCCACCCCUGGAGGACCUGAUUGGCUUCAAAGAGCUCUUCCAGACCCCACAUCACACAGUGGAACCAAUGACUGAUAACAAACCUUCCAAAAUACCCUGUAAGUCUCCACCAUUAGAAUCUGUCAACACACCAAGUAGGAAGAGACAGCUCAAGACAGCUCCCCAGAAAGUGGACAGAGAGGGUGAGCUGUCAGCACUCAGGAAGCCCACCCAGACGCCAGGGGACACCACACACUCACACGGAGGACCAGCGGGCGCUGAUAAAGACAUCCAGAUGUUUAACGAAACUUCAAGGCAGAAACUGGACUUUGCAGAAAGUGUGACUGGAAUUAAGAGGCGGCCAAGGACACCCAAGGAAAAGGUCCAGUCUCUAGAAGACCUGGCUGGUUUCAAAGAGCUCUUCCAAACCCCAGUUUGCACCAAGGAACCAACGGCUGUCGUCAAAACCCCCCAGAUGCUCUGGAUAUCUCCACAACCCGAACCAAAUGUCACACCGACCAACAGGAAGAGACAGCUCAAGACACCUCUCCAGAAAGUGGACAGAGAGGUUGAGCUCUCAGCACCCAGGAAGUCCACACAAACACCUGGGGAUACCAGACACUCAGACAGCGAGCUGGUAGGUGAUGAUGAACACAGAGCAUUUAAGGAAAGUCCAAAGCAGAAACUGGAGUCAGCAGAAAAUGUAGCUGGAAGCAAGAAGCGGUCAAGGACACCCAAGACCAAGGCUCCACCCCUGGAGGACCUGAUUGGCUUCAAAGAGCUCUUCCAGACCCCACAUCAUGUCAAGCAACCGAUGACUGAUGACAAAACCCCCCAGAUACCCUGUAAAUCUCCACGACCGGAACCUGUUGACACACCAGCAAGCAGGAAGGGACGGCUCAAGACGGCUCCUCGGAAAGCAGAGGUGCAGGAAGGUCUCUCAGCCCUCACGAGGCCCACACAGACUUCAGGGGACACCACGCUCUCGCACAGAGGACCAGAGGGCGGUGACAGAGGCAUUGCAGUGUCUCAGGAAACUCCAAAGCCGAAACUGGACUCAGCAGCAAAUGUAGCUGUAAGUAAGAGGCGGCCCAGGACACCCAAGGAAAAGGCCCCACCCCUAGAGGACCUGACUGGCUUCAAAGAGCUCUUCCAGACCCCAGAUCACGCAAAAGAACCAGUGGCCGAGAACAAAAUCACCAGAAUACCUUGUAAAUCUCCCCCAGCUGAACCCGUCACCAGGAGAACAAGUAGGAAGAGACGGCUCAGGUCCCCGCCAGGGAAAGUGGGUGUGGGAGAGGUCUCAGCGCUCGGGGAGCCCACGCUGACGCCAGGGGACGCCACACACAGAGAAGCUGUCGGGGAUGACAAGGACGUCAAAGUGUUUAGAAAAACGUCAAGGCAGAAACUGGACUCAGCAGAAAAAAUAAUCGGUGUCGGAAGUCGGCUAAGAUCAUGUAAGCAGAAGACCCAACCCCUGGAGGACCCGAGUCUCAAAGAGCUGGUCCAGAAGCCCCGUCAGGCCAAGGGAACAACGAGAGCUGCUAAAGCCACGACAGUGCCCUGCCAGUCUGCCCCCGCAGAACCAGCCCCCGGGCCGACGGGGAGAAAGAGACGGCUCAAGUCCCCACCAGAGAAAGCGGAUGUGGCCGAGGUCUCGGCGCUCAGGGAGCCCAUCCAAGCACCGGGGGAGACCACGCGCACCCACGGAGAACCUGUCAGUGAAGAAAAAGACACCCAAGUGUUUAGAAAACCUUCAAGGCAGAAACUUGACCCUUCAGAAAAUAUAACGGGCAUGAAGAGUCGGCUAAGAACAUUUAAGGAAAAGACCCAACCCCUGGAGGCCCCGGACAGUCUCGAAGAGCUGGUGCGGAAGCCAGAUCAGACCAGGGAGCAAACAAGUGAUGCCAAGAUCCCUGUGAUGCCCUGCCAGUCUCCACCAGCACAACCAGUUACCAGGCCAACAAGUAGGAAGAGACGGCUCAGGUCCCCGCCAGGGAAAGCGGGUGUGGGAGAGGUCUCAGCACUUGGGAAGCCCACGCUGACGCCAGGGGACGCCACACACAGAGAAGCUGUCGGGGAUGACAAGGACGUCAAAGUGUUUAGAAAAACGUCAAGGCAGAAACUGGACUCAGCAGAAAAAAUAAUCGGUGUCGGAAGUUGGCUAAGAUCAUGUAAGGAGAAGACCCAACCCCUGGAGGACCCGAGUCUCAAAGAGCUGGUGCGAAAGCCCCGUCAGGCCAAGGAGCUGGGCAGUGGUGCCGCUGGCAUCAAGAGAGCCCCAAAGGAAGCACCUGUUGGAAGAAACCCUGCAAAAAUACCCCAAAGGGUCCUCAGAGCCCCUAAAUUGAGAUUCAUGGAAGACCUUGACCUUGUGGGCAAAGAAGACCCCAUGAAAUCACCAAGUGCAAGCAGCGUCUCCCCGCCGCCCCCCAAGAGGAGACGGGGGGAGGAUGGAAGUGUCACAGGAAGGAAGACACUGCGCCCCGCGACUGCCACACAGGGCAUCGCAGGUGAGAGGUCACCCCAGAAACCAAGGACAGCCCCCAGGGACGGAUGGCCACAGCCCGAACCAUUGGUAAGGAGGAAGAAAAGUCUGAGAACUUUGGCACCAAGGACUGAACGAGUGGAGAACCUGCCUGAUGGUGACACGGGAGCCAAAGCUACGGGCCGACAAGCAGAAGACGCACACCCUCCAGCUAAGGGAAUGUCCCUGCGUUCCAGGGGCCGGAGUAAAACCGAUGUGGGAGAGCAGCAACCUGAGUCUCUCACAUCAGCAGAGAAGGUGAAAAUGAAGAGAAAAGAGAAAAAGCCCUUGAAGACGUCGCAGGAGAAGCAGCUCCAGAGGCCAGAAGACGGAGCCGACAAUCCUGCCUCCGGGGGCCAAGUUCACGAGCGCAGGAUGUGCUUGAGGUCUCGGAGGCAGCAGAAGACACCUCCGCCUGCUGCAGCGGAGGAGAGCGCUGGGGAGGAAGGGGCGGGAGCCCACGGGGGGAGCCGGGAAGGGGAGGGAGCAGCGGAACGUGCAGGCCUCCUGGGCUCGAGAUCAAGAAGGACUGCAGCCCACCCUCCAGCAACCCCUGCGGAGAGCGAGUCCGAGCGGAGGGUGACGCGGGGGGCCAGGAGACAUGCCAGAGGCCCACCAAAGGCAGGAAAAUGACAAUGUGUGUGUCAAGCAAAUAAGAACUAGAAGCCGUUGGGACAGUGAAGACAUGAAGCGGACAAGUUUGAAAGGGAAAAAAAAAAGUAAUAAAUGUUAGUUUAGUGAUAGUUCUAGCACAGUAUUUGCCAUACAUUUUAAAGUGAAUUCUGUAAAUAAUGCUAUCGGUGGAGGUUGGGGGGUUAAGGGAAGAAAGCUUAGAAUUUUCUGGCUCUGAAUAGUUUAUUCAAAAACCCCACAUGGAGGUUAUGAAGGAGACUGCAGGGUCUCAUAAAGUGAUAAAAAUUUAAAACGGGGAGUGAGGGGUCGGGGGUGGGAGUGCGCCACGGUGCGGCCUCCAGCUGUGCGCAGUGAAGCCCUGACGUUUGUGACCCCGUGGCCGGUCCCCUGGGCCGCGGGCUCUGCCGCAGCCCGUUGUAAAUGCUUCUGUGCUUGUCUCCCUCCUGCACAUCUCCGCCCAUCCGUCUCUCAUGUGUGUCCUCCGUCAGACUGUGAAAGGCGGCCGGGGCUUCCAGCCUGCACCCUUAGCACCAGGUAGGCGCUCAGGAAACAGUGACGAGUGGACAGAAGAGUAGAAAAGUGAAAGUUACAGGUGCCCCUUUGCAAUGGGGGACGUCGUGUCCAUGCACUGGGGCUGUGGUCGCCUGCACGGGACGGUCCUCUCCUUGGUGUCCUCAUCAGUUAAGGGAAUAAAAGUGAUUUGGAGGGUGGCUUAUGAAUCUGUCUUCAGGAUAAAGAUGUAACUUUAUUUGAGGAAUGAUGGGUAACUUGCCUUUUUCCACUUUCAGUGUCUUUGUCUAAACUAGGACUGCUUUCAUCUGAGAGGCCCCUCACCGACUCUUAGGGCCGUCGGCCAGGGUGCCCCUCGAUGCCAAACUAACAUCCCUCUCAGCUUGCGUGCUUUCGUGUCAGGCACAUCUGAGCUUUCUACUCAGCUGAGCUUUUUGAGGCCACGCCUCUUGGCCUGACUUUGUGUCCAGCCCAGACAGGAAGCAGCACAAACCCUUCUCUAAAAGGAUGGCCGUUUCUCACGGCCAGAGCGCACGAGGCUCUUCCCCCCGCAAUUUCUGAACUGCUUACCCGUGAGCCCCUGCCGCCCACCCCUCGUUUUCAGCCCAGAAUUCUUUCUGCAUCUCCAGGGCCCUCCGUCUCACUGCUGGGCAUCCCCAUUUUCACAUGCUGCCCUGUCCUGUGGCUCCGUGGUCCCUAAUUCAGAAAUGAGCACACCUUCCCUCCAGUCACCUGUGUGGCACGCCCCCCCCCCCCAAUUCGGCUGCCUUGCCAGGUGGAGGGGAGCAUGGAAAACAAGGGAGGGUCACUGUCCCGUACGGUGUGAACUGUACCAGCCGUGCCCCUGUCUGUCCCCUCUUGUACCCCCGAAUCUGGCGAGAAGCCAGAUCCGCAGAAUAAUAAAUGUUUGUUGAAUAAA